AUGAACAAUGUCAACGGAAUCGACUAUUUAGACGACCUAGACAACGAUGAAGGUGAGAAAUAUAUGACAUUUUUACCUCAUAGCGGACUUCAUAAUCAAAGAAUAGGAUUUGAAAAUGCUAUAUUUAUGGCUUGGUUUCUUAAUAGGACAUUAGUCAUGCCACCUGCUCUACUUGGAACUAGAUUUCAAUAUAUUAGAAUAAAACAGAGAAUAAAAUACCUAAAAGCUGAAUCUGUCGAUUCAAUCUGUGAAAAUAUAGAGUAUACAUCCGAAAAACAAAAAUGCAAAAUGUUUCAUAAUUCAUACACACUUUAUCCAUUCGACCAACUAUUCAACUUUACAUUCGCCAGACAACACGUCAAGAUUAUGAAUGUACCAGAUUACAAUGAUAAUACGGUUUUUAAAAUGUUAAAUAUCACCAAGAGAAAAGAAGUUUACUAUUCAUUAACCAGGAAUCUAAAUAAUAAAUUAUACGACACAGAAGCAAAAUCAAACAUUAAAAAACUCAAGGGUAACACUUUUAUAAAACUUCAAUCAUUACAAGAACUCAGGGAACAUCCUGAAAAGCUUUUAUACUUUGGCAGUUUAUUCGGCUCGAGUAGAAUUAUUACGAAUUUGCAAUCAUCAAAAUAUUUCCUUACAACAUUAAGGCUAUCACUUGUACCGAUCGAUCCAAUAAUGUUAAGUGUAGUGGGUAGUAUAGCUGAAAAAUUGGGCGGUGCUGGUGAAUAUAUUUCAGCUCAUGCUAGAGGCGGCGAUCACACUUUUAAAGAAACAAGAGAGGAACAUUUUGCCAAACAUGUCCACUUAGUUUUACAAAACCUGAGAACAAUAAAAAUAGAAUAA